AAUCUGCUUGACAACACCACGCUCAGUGCUCGCUGUUGAAAGCCCAAAUAUGUCGGUUAUAAAGCGUCAAGAUCUCGCAAAAAUGACAGAAAGACUGUUGAAAAGGAAAGAAUGUAAAUUUGAAAAACAUGAAAUUGAAAAAUUGAUAACAAUGUUUGUCAACAUCACUGGAGCUCUAAACAAUAAGCUGGACCGCACAAAGUUCCGUGACGUUCUGCACAUCAGCUUUAACAUGACUGAUGAUAUUUUAAUGGACCGAGUAUUUAGGGCAUUUGAUCAAGAUAGUGAUAACUAUCUGAGCCAUGAAGAAUGGGUGAUUGGCCUUUCUACAUUUCUGAAAGGUGCUCAAGAUGACAAAAUCAAAUACUGUUUUAUUGUCUAUGAUUUAAAUGGUGAUGGGUGGAUUUCAAGAGAAGAAAUGUUUCAACUUCUGAAAACCUCCAUUCUGAAACAUUCUUCUGAGGAGGACCAAGAUGAAAACAUCAAGGAGCUGGUAGAGCUGAUUUUAAAGAAGAUGGAUCACGACCAUGACAGUCGAUUAAGUAUGAGUGAUUUUAAGCAGGCCGUGGAAUCAGAAAUCCUUUUACUGGAAGCUUUUGGACCCUGUUUACCCAGUCCAAAGCUUCGUGAUGCAUUCCUAGACGAAUUAACCCUGGAACAAGCCAAGUAUUAGAGGACUAACUUAUAUGUACUCGUAUUAACUCGGCAUGAAAAUAUUUGUCCAAAAUAUUAUUUGUAAAGUGUCUGAAAUGUUGAUCUCUCUCUCUCAUGGUAGAGAGGGAGCUGUAUAAAUUACCUGUAUGUCUGUUUGUGAUGUCAUGUCAAAGUUUUACCAAUGUGAUUUCAGUAUUAUAUGAUAGGGACUCUGUUUCUAUUCUGAGAAACAUAUCUCUAAAACAUUGAUUUGUAAUUACUUUGAAUGAUAGAUUUAUGUGUGUUUGAAUGAUAUGGCUAUUAAAGCAAUUUGUUAAUGUUCUUGUUAUUACAUUUUAUAUAUUUUAUUGACAUUGUAUUUUAAUUAUUUAUCCUCUUUCUAUUUCUGUAAGAAAUACUCAUUUUCAUGAUGAUGACAAUCAAUUAUCAAAAUAAAUACUUUUACAAGAAA